AUGGACUUAAAGGAGGUUGUGCCGACCAGCGGUAGCCGUUGUUUAUUGGCUGGCGAACUUUUGAUGUCGUGCGACCCGAUGGUGUGGAUUCUGGAGAGAAGCGCCUACAAAACGCACUGUGCAUAUUGUUGGCAGGAAAGCAUGGAUUUACGCACAUGUUCGGGAUGUCAGGUUGCUGACUGGAAGGGGGAGCACAAACUGGAAUGCGCCUUGCUGAAGGAGAAUGAUAGCGUGGACCUAGAUCACCUAUUAGAUGAACUGAAGGCCGAGCCAGCGGGUUCCCGACCAUCGGACACCGAUCUGGAGUCGAGGCGAGGGCGUAUUCCUGUGCUCUCUCUUGUCCUUGGAUUGACCACGAAGCUGACCAACAAAAUUAAGAAGAACACGAUGAUAGACAUCCCGGGAAUGGGCUCGAAAUCUGUCAAAGAUCUUGUUCUCAUGAUGUCGGAAAAUCCCCUGCAGCCAAACAUGGAUCGGCUGAUGCGGAAGAAUUUAUCCACUGGGGCAGUUGAUAUUGGUACCAUGGGAUACAUGAAUUACUGUGGAUUAAUCACUUAUAAUGGUGUGGCAAUUUACGACUACGACGCGCUGACCCUCCGUCCUUGCGCAAGGAUCGGAUUAGCGCUGUAUCCACAAGCGCCGCUGGGAAGGAUGACGCCGGUGUGCUGGGAUAUCAACGUCGUGCUGAACCGCCGCGGACGACAGCUACUCAUCCAUGCCGUGGAAGACAUUCCGCAUUUUACUGGACUUCGAGAUCUGCGUUAUAACCAUUUGGAAGAAUCCUUUCGCAUGACACGAGCGGAGCGACAGGCUAAACUUGAGAAGCUUCGCCGACAUCGGUGUUCUUGUUCCAAAUGCACGGAAGCUUAUGAUGCCGACAUCAAUCCGUUGAAAUGUGUUACGGUCGGAUGCAUCAACGGAAUUCCAAGCGACAGCCGUGCAUUAGAAGCUUGUUCGGAAUGCGGUGCCGUGAACGGUGAACGUUUGGCUCAGUUCCGUCGUUAUAUGGACCAGUACGAUACCAUCAGCAGCAGAUGUCCGGAGGAGUACCACUUGGCCAUGAUCAUGCAUCUGUACAAGGAGAUGGACGCUGCGGGCAUAUUGCAGCCGAAUGCGCACUUCCGGUAUGUCUGUGGCUGGGAAGUGGCGCAGGGUUUUUACGAUAAUAAUCGCUUCGAAGAUGGUUGGAAGAUGAUGCAGGGAUUUGCAGCCUGUGCACGGAAGGUUUGUCCAAAGUAUGCAGAUUUUCGCGCUGCUCUGCUGAUUUCCGUUAGCCAAUUUACCGCAGAAGCGCUGGAAAAGCAUGUCCUGAAUGGUAGUUGUAAGGUGUCCGGACCGCUCAAGCCAGUUCUGGAAACCCUGGCCGCUGAAGUGUACACUCAAAUUUUGGAUUAUACUUGCGAAGCUAAGAAUGUUUUUGCUAUGUUGUUCGACAAGCAGUCGAAGGAAUUCCAGAUGAGCGAUUCUGCACUGAAGCAAGUGGCUUCGUCGGUAUGCCGCAUUGAGCAGGCUUUUCGCGACAGAAAGUAA